AUGAAUAGUCUUGAUAGUAACAACCUUCAGCAGCUCAUAAUCAACAUUCAGGCAUUAGAAGAGGACGAAGGAAUAAACAUCUCUGAUACUGGAUCCCGAAGCACCAUGAUAUCUAAUAUUGCCAAUAAUAUGAACUCCAUAGUUACACCGCUGUCUACAGACCUUGACCCAUCUCCUGAAUUACUGUUGGCAAUUCCAGGCAUGUCUGGAAAUUUCUUUGAGCGACCAUUGGAUGAAGAAAAUCGGCGUCAGUUUUUGAGAAGUUGUCCUCGGAAUAUCCUUCGUAAAUAUAUGCCACCUUCGUUUGAUCUCUCACAUUUUGGGACCAAUACCAGACAAACAGAUUUGCGACUUUUUGCUAUACAAGCUCGUAUAGCGGAGAUCACUCGUCCGAUUGAUUGGUUUGUUGAUGGUGUCAUAUCUCAAAAAUCAGUUUCCUUGGAGCAAGCUUUGGAUUUUGCCCAAUGUAUCCAUGAGCUUUUAUCUCAAACAGCAACAUACAUCACCAAGAUGCGAUUAGAUAAUGCUCGUUAG